AUGGAUGAAGGCAGCUCGCCUUGGGACGACGUCCCGUCGAGAUCGCAUUCGCAUCACUCUCUAGUCAAGGCCGCGGAGGACGCAAAAACAGCUGCUGCUGAAGAGUCCCCUGCGCCCGCCCUAUCGCAAUCUACACCCAACAUCGCAACUGGAGUGAAGCCCGCGCCGUCCAAGUCACGCACACCCCGCCGUCAUGGUCAGCUUGCUCAGUCCACCACAUUGGAGAGCCUAGACGAUUCGAUGGGGCCACUGGGUCCGCUAGGUAUGGAGCCUGUGGAAGAGGUGGCAGCGCCAGCCCCGCCUGUCAAAGAGCUUGCUUCUCGAACACGCCAACCAAACAACUCUCGACCAUCGACUGCUGCGUCCGCGUCUCGCACUGCAGAUUACGACGAAGAUGCUGCGUUGAACGGUGGACCGCGUCAGCCACCUCCAGUCCAGCCAGCGCAGCUCGAAGGCCGGUCUAGGCAAGCACAACCCUCUGUUUCGGUAGAGCAGGCAGCCAAACCUACAUUUUCGAUCGUCGUUGGAGAUCCACAUACAGUCGGCAAUGCGGCAACCAGUCACACUGUCUACAGUGUUAUCACACGAACCACAUCCAAGGCAUAUAUGAACCCUACUUUUACUGUGACAAGACGAUACCGAGACUUCCUAUGGCUAUACGAGAGACUGCAUGACAACAACCCCGGAGUGGUGGUUCCACCACCGCCUGAGAAACAAGCCGUGGGCCGGUUUGAUACAAACUUUGUGGAGUMGCGACGAAUGGCAUUGGAGCGUAUGAUUAACAAGACCGCGGCGCAUCCAGUACUACAAAUGGAUGGAGACCUCAAGACCUUCCUUGAGAGCGAAUCUUUCAAUGUCGCCAUCAAGCAUUCUGGAAAAGAUCCUCUACUGGGUGGAAACGAAUCAAAAGGUAUCAUGUCGAGCAUUGGUCUUGGGAGCGUAGGCUCCAGCAACAAAUUUAUCGAGCACGAUGAUUGGUUUCAUGACCGCCGAAUUUACCUGGACGCUCUCGAAAACCAGCUUAAAGCGCUGCAAAAGAGCACAGACACUGUCGUUGCGCAACGAAAAGGACUCUCGGAUUCGUGCGGUGACUUUAGCGCUUCCCUUCAUAAUCUCGCAGCUGUUGAGCUCUCACCAAGUCUGUCGGGCCCAUUGGAUGCACUUGGCGAUCUCCAACUUCGGAUACAGGAGCUCUACCAGCGACAAGCAAUGCAGGACAUUCUCACCCUUGGAAUCGUAAUCGAUGAGUACAUUCGACUGAUUGGGUCCGUCAAGAAGGCGUUUGAGCAACGACAGAAGGCUUAUCACUUGUGGCACUCGAGCGAAUCCAAACUUCAGGAGAUUAAGAAGCAACAGGACAAGCUCCUUCGAGCUGGACGGUCGCAGCAGGACAGAAUCGGACAAAUGCAGGCAGAUGUCGCGGAUGCGGAGCGAAGAGUGCACGCUAGCCGUUUGCUCUUCGAAGACAUGGGACGUCUCAUGCGAUCUGAGCUAGAUCGAUUUGAGAGGGAAAAGGUUGAGGAUUUCAAGAGUGGCGUGGAAACGUUCCUGGAGAGCGCGAUCGAGGCACAGAAAGAGCUUAUUGAGUUGUGGGAGACAUAUCUGCUCCAACUCGACAGUGAUGAAGACGGUCCGCCGUUGAUGCCAGCGGGCGUUGUGGCUGAUCCUGAUCCAAAAUCUGACGCACAAUUGCGACGUGAGGCCGCAGAAGCGCAGCUCCAUGCUGAAAAUGCCGAAGACGACGAGCCCUCGAGAGAGCCUCUGCAAGUGCCUGUGGGCAUCGAGGAAAGUGGAGGCUUUGGCCACGACAGCGAUGAUGGGGGUAUUCAGAGCGCCGAGAUCGAGUCAUAA